AUGACUUAUGGCAUUGGAUGGGCCUACGGCAAUGUCUCAUGGGGCACCGUUGAAUUCGCUGGCAUCGAGGUCGAGUCGCAAGCAUUCAUGGACGUCACCGCUGCGUCAAACCCUGCACUCUCGUAUGGCGCGAAUGGGAUCAUUGGUCUCGGCUUCGACUCGCUAUCGACGAUCGACGCACUCGUCAACCACAGUGGGUCUGCUACAGGCCGCACUUUCCUUUACAAUGCAUUCCAGCAGAACAAGAGCGAGCCCAACUUCAUCUCCUUCACUCUUGAAGAUGACGCGGACCCUGAUGACAGCAUCCAGGGUUACUUGCUAGCGCGCGCGCGUGCUGGACCACGAGCCCUCCACUCCCCGCUCCCAUUCCAGAGCUCCUCACAGGACACAUCCCGCGCCCUUCCGCCGCCGACCAGGACGUCUAUGAAAGCACCUUCCGCCGCCGCUUUCCAGUCCCCGCUGUGCUCCAAUGUCUCCUCGACAGACCGACACACCAGCCGCGACGUCAAGGCCACAGUCCGCCCGCGCGCAAGCAUGUCCUCCAACUGCCCCGCGCACAUGCUGACGACAACCGACACUGGCCAAGCCCGGUCAGUCGUAAACACCCCGCGCACGUCCAGAGACCGUCACUGCCGGGGACGUCCAGACAGCCCGCCGCUCACGCGCGAUAUACGCACCGAGCGCUGCGGUGGGCCGCCGUCGCGGCCAGCAACACUGACCGGACCCGAAGGACGUGAUUGGGCGCCGACGAAGAAGAUCGCGAUCCACGCUGCGACGGACACACUUCAGAACCAGAUCGUCGUGCCGCGCAUGUCAGAUGUGCCGCCAUCGCUGACACUGGAUGCCACCGACCAGCCACUGUCGUCCUCCCUGCUGAGCAUAUCACGGAAGAGCACGUCAUUGAGCUCUCAGGAGUGCGACCAGUCGCUCGUCCAGGAUUCAUUCCAUUCAGCAGUGUCGAGCAUUGACUGGCACUACCUGAGUCCAAAUUCAGCAGCCUUCCUCGACUCCAGGGGUAUACACGAGAUGCACACAUUCCAGUCGUCGCCCGGGACAUCACCCCUGGACACAGCCGCUCGCCGCAAGGUCCCAUUUCUGGGUGUGUCAGGGUGGGCACAGGCGAGCCUGAUGGUGGUGCAGCCAUCCACGGAGAGCGAGGCGUCGACGUUGGUGGUCCAUGGGAUGCACAAGAAGUUCUACACUGCGCCCGAGAGUGGAACAAAAUUGCAAGAGCAUAUCGCAGGACACUAA